AUGGAAGGUGCCAUAAAGGUUUUCUUCAUAUGCUGUCUACUUCAAGGUAGCUCAUGCCAGCACUGGGCAGCCUUCAUGCCUCAGACAGUGGAGGGUCUGAGUGGCUCCUGUGUCCUCGUCUCCUGCAGUUUCAGCUUGCCCCCGGAAUGGGAUCAACACCUGGAUGACUCGUGCAGAGCCAUCUGGAAGAGAGGCAGCUGGAGCCGAACACAAGUGUUUGAUUCCAGCCUCAGCGGAGCGAGUGCCAGCCUGAACGUCCUGCAGGGAAACCUGAUGGGGAAUCUGCGCGAGAAGGACUGCACCACCAUCUUCCACAACCUGCCCUCCAACCACUACGACAACUAUUACUUCAGACUGCAGUGUGACAACUCGCUGAAGUUCAACUUUCAAACCAGCGUGCUCAUCAUCACUCAGGAUUCAUUCCCCAGACCUGCUCUGAAUCCGUCCAGGCUGGAGGUAGAAGAAGGGAGUCCUGUGAGGCUGAACUGCUCCGCUGUCACUCCCUGUCCCGUUCUUCCUCCAGUUUUGACAUGGACGCCAAGUAUAGGCGACGUUGAGGAGAGCAUAGACAGUAAAUCUGUGACCUCUCUACUGAACUUCACUGCUUCUCACCUUCACAACGGACAGAAGAUCUCCUGCAACACCCUCUACAGCCGACAAGCUGGCAACAGCGACCUCCUGUAUGAAAAGAGUGUGACCCUGCGUGUGUACUAUCCUCCGAACAACACGUCGAUCAGUUACCCUGCUCCUGCACAGGAGGGCCGCUCCGUGACUCUGACUUGCAACGCUAACGCGAACCCAGCCGUGGACAGCUACACCUGGUACAAAGAGGAUGGAGAUCUGGUGUCAGCAGUGGGCUCCAAUAAGAGGCUUUUAACCUCAGUCUCAGAAGCAGACAACACGUUUUUCUGCCAAGUCAGUAACCGAUAUGGAACCCAGAACUCAUCCGUCACUCAGAUUGAUGUACAGUUUUCUCCAAAGGACACGACGGUGAUUGCCGAUCCCACCGGUCCUAUACUGGAGGGCAGCUCUGUCUCUCUGUUCUGUCGGAGCCGUGCCAAUCCCUCGGUGACCAACUACACCUGGUACAGGGACGACGUCGAGGAAGAGGAGGCCGGACCGAGUCUGGUUCUGGGCAGCGUCGACCUGAGCCGUGGUGGUGAUUAUCACUGUGAAGCCAAAAAUGUCCUCGGAGAAGAGGCGUCAGCAGCUGUCCAUCUGGACAUUCAGUAUCCGCCGAAGAACACGUCUGUGCUGGUUGAGCCUUCUGCUCCGGUGCCGGACGGCAGCUCUGUGACUCUGACGUGCACGAGCGUCGCCAAUCCAGCCGCGAUGAACUUCACCUGGUUCAGAGUGAGAACGAGACAAAACGAGGUGGUGGGUUCUGAGACAGACUUCACCUUCAAUGUGACCAAGCUCUCAGAGGAUUAUUAUUACUGUGAAGCCCUGAAUGUCCACGGAGCUCGAUACUCGGAACCUGUUCACAUUGAUGUCGCCUUUGCUCCAGAGAUCCUGCCUUCCUCCCGCUGCAUCAAGAUUUUAUCCCAAUUCCGAUGCUCCUGUGACAGCCAGGGGAACCCGCUUCCCUCCCUGGUUUGGGAAUUGGCUGGGGAGCCUGUCAAUCACUCGGCUGAUAUUCCGAUCAGGGAGGUUACCCUGGGGGGCUUUGCCAGGAGGAGCGUCAUCACUCUGUACCAUCUGGACAAAGACGUGCCCUCUCUACUCUGCCUCACCAUCAACUCUCUGGGCUCUGAUAGUUUGGCCUUCAACGUGUCUGCCAGUGAAACUCAGCUAGGCUUCCAUACUGUGUCUCUGCUGAUUGGCUCUGCAGCGGGAGCACUGGGGAUGCUGUUGAUGUGCAUGCCGCUGUUGCUCUGUUGCAGGAAAAGGAAAGAAAGCCUGAUACUGGUGGACACUUCAGAAAAUGUGUUCACUAAUAAGACCAGCUCUUCACACCUGGAUGUCGUUCAUGUCAGUAAUGCCAUUCUGGAGGAGGAAAGUGGAGCCUAUGUGGACUUUGAUAAACUCCAGGUGGUCAAUACAGAGGGAAAGCUCGAAGACGGGGAGAUCACAGGCCUGGACUCCAAGACGACAAAUUCUGAAAUCUGCUUGCUCUCAGGAGAAUGCAAUGGUGGAAAUGCAAAGGAGGAGGAAACAGGUGCAAACAAUGAGCAUUGAUGGUCUUACGGAACAGAACAGUGACAAAGCGAUGGCUAAACUUUAAGGGAAAAAUACAAGUGAAUCACAUCAGGAUUCUGGUUGCAAAACACCUGCAGAACUUUAUUGUUCAGAUGUAGAGAAGCUAAGAAUUCUGGGUAGAAAAACGUUUCAAACCUGCAGCAGUGGAGGUAACAUCUGUUCUGCAUCAAUGAUGUCACACAGCUGACUCAAUAUUUUUUUAAUACAUACAAUGGGUAGUUUCUAAUAAUACAGGGUUCACAGCGACUCUUUAUCUUGGUGUUUAAUCAGCCAUAACAAUAAAUGUUUAACCUGUUAAGAUACAGAUUUAAGAUACAUUUACUGGUCCCACGCACAUGUACGACAUGCAAGGGGGGAAAUUUGUUUUUUGCUAUGACCCAUCUGGUGAACACAGGAGGACACACACAGAGCAGUGGGCAGCCAUGCACGGCGCCCCGGGGAGCAGGUGUUAGGGGAGUAAGGUGCCUUGCUCAGGGGCACUUAGACAGUGGGGUGGGGUAGGCACUUUGACAGUGUGGAACAGAUCCAUUUGUUGUCCAGGUUUAUUGUUUUUGUUGUCACUCCGUGGAUUCGAACCAGAGACCACCGUCGGAUUUUCUGCCCAGACUCCAACUUUCUGGCACUAGUCCAUCGCCUCUCCAACUUGUAGCUAAGUACUAAAGAUAAAAGCUGCCAGAUUUAUUAUGCAACUGUUUGUUUUCAAUAAUUCAAUGUGAUCUAUUGUCUUGUUCAUUUAUUAAGUAAAACACAAAAUAUAAACCAAACAGACACAGUGUGAUAUCUUCCAAAACACAUUUAUUGAUAUUUGUUAUAAUAUGUUUUAUAAACACAGAAGUAAAUCCACUUGCACUCAAGUUGCCCUUCAUUUAAGAGCUAGAGUCAAAGCAAGUUAUGAAAUGGAGCGUUUUAAGUGUACAUGCAUUCUUCAGAAACUAUUUUGCCCUUUUAAAUGUUCACAAAUCCCAGAAUAAUUUCAAUAAACUUUAAAGUACAUCA